AAGAGGGAGAGAGGCUUUAGUCAGCUUAAACUUGGCGGGGCAGGAGUAAGCUGAUCAAUGGCGGCUGCUGGCUGAAGAAGAGGAGGAAGAGGAGGAAGAAGAAGAAGAAGAGCCCCUGGUGACUCACACACAGCAGCCUCACCAAAACAAACACUCCUAUGAGCUAAACCACAACAGACAUGAGUGCAUUCGCGACUAAAAGUGGGCGGACGGUGCACCCCCAGUCCCCCCCCUCAGGCGCUCCACCGGGGGGCAACACAGAGCUCGCCAGCCUGUUUGAGUGCCCGGUGUGCUUCGACUAUGUGCUGCCACCCAUCCUUCAGUGCCAGAGCGGCCACCUCGUGUGUGCCAACUGCCGCCCUAAACUCACCUGCUGUCCGACAUGUAGAGGGCCGCUCGGAAACAUCAGAAACCUGGCGAUGGAGAAGGUUGCGUCCACGGUCAUGUUCCCCUGCAAGUACUCCUCCUCGGGCUGCUCGGCCACGCUGCUCCACACGGACAAGACCGAGCAUGAGGACACCUGCGAGUUCCGGCCAUACAUGUGUCCGUGCCCCGGCGCCUCAUGCAAGUGGCAAGGGUCCCUCGAGCAGGUCAUGCCCCACCUCAUGAGCGUACACAAGAGCAUAACCACACUUCAAGGCGAGGACAUCGUGUUCUUGGCGACGGACAUCAACUUGCCCGGCGCCGUGGACUGGGUAAUGAUGCAGAGUUGCUUCGGCCACCACUUCAUGCUGGUACUGGAGAAGCAGGAGAAGUUUGACGGCCACCAACAGUUUUUUGCCAUCGUCCAGCUCAUUGGAUCCAGGAAACAGGCAGAGAACUUCGCCUACAGAUUGGAGUUGAAUGGACCCCGGCGGAGGCUGACCUGGGAGGCCACACCGAGGUCCAUACACGAAGGAGUCCAAUCAGCCAUCAUGAACUCCGACUGCCUGGUAUUCGACACCUCCAUCGCCCAGCUGUUCGCCGACAAUGGGAACCUCGGGAUAAACGUAACAAUAUCCAUGUGCUGAAGGUUCUCACUUCUGGAAUGGUUGGUGGCCUGAAGACCGACUGACUCUGCUCAAAGUUUAUGGGUGAUAGGAUAUUUUCUCUGUUAAGGAUUUUCAGCAUUUUCCAGACCCCAGCCUCAUGUAUAGGGGAAGGGGCUGUAUACCAUAUGAGGGCUCGGAGAUAUUACACAGCCUGAACAGAGCGCUUCAUCUCAUCCAAGUCUGCCGCUCUGAUCGCCGCCACAUUGCCCCGAGUGUAGCGAGGUUGUAUUCCUGUUGUCGGAGAAACCCUUCCUAUGGUGCCAUGUCGAGUGCUGCCUGAGAGACCGUCACGGAGCACUACACUGAGACAAGACCAAGUACAAUUCCUGUUCAUUAUUUUUUCAUUACGACGUAAGGACUUUUGUAAAUAGCGUUUCACAGAGAGUUUAAAAAAAAAAGAUAUCUCGGUUCCGCAGAAAAAAAAACAGAGAGAAGAAUAGCCGCAUAUGUCAUUAAACUUCUUCUUUCUUCUUCAUUCGGUAAUUUACAAUCAUUAUCUUCAUUAAUUUAUUUUGUCUGUCCGUCAGUGCACUUUAUUUUCUAUCAUAUAUUGAGGUGAGUUGCACUUUAAACACUUAUUAUUAUUCUUUACUAGUUCUGGUUGAGGAUCAGAAUAAUUAGCUUAGUAGUAUUAGGUUAUCGACUACCCUCUCGUCACUUUGCGUUGUCCCUUAUGCCUUACAUCACAGCCGCUGAGCUGGUGGAUAAGGUGUUCCUAUAGGGUGUGUGUGAGUGUGUGUGUGUGUGUGCUUGUCUCCGUCACUCCACUCAGAGCUCGUACCAGGAAAUUAAACUACUCUAUCUCUCUCUACCUCUCUAAAUGAACAGGGAAAACAGCGUAAUGAAAACCCAUAUUUAUUUCUCUCGUUCUACAGAAAAAAUACCGUCAAGAUAUAUUUCCUAAUUUAUUUUUUGCCCCAUCUCAUACCUUGACUCAGUUUCCGCAAGUAGCAUGAAAAAAAUACUCUGGAAAAUUGAUCUGAAGUAUGAAAAUUUGAAAUGCCGUCAAGAUAUCGUUUCUAAUUUAUUUUUCACAUUCUAUCGUAUACCUCCGAUCAAUAUCCCAUCAGUAGUUCAUGUAUUCUGGCGUGAGUGCUCAUACCAUUAACAAAAAACUACUCUAGGAAAUUGAUCUGAAGUAUGAAAAUUUGAAAUACCAUCAAGAUAUUGUUUCUAAUUUAUUUUUCGCAUUUUAUCGUAUACCUCCGAUCAAUUUCCCAUUAGUAGUUCAUGUUUUUCUGCCGUGAGUGUUCAUAUCAUUAACAAAAAGCUACUCUAGGAAAUUGAUCUGAAGUAUGACAACAAAAUACUGUCAAGAUAUCAUUUCUAAUUUAUUUUUUGCAUUUUCUUGUAUACUUCUGAUCAAUAUCCCAUUAGUAGUUCAGGUUUUCAGGCAUGAGUGUUCAUACCAUUAACAAAAAACUUCCCUGUAAAACUGACCACAAAGUAAAAAAAUAUGAAAUACCGUCAAGAUGCGCCUUUUUAUUUAUUUUUCACAUUCUCUCAUAUACCUCAGAUCAGUUUUUCAUCAGUAGGCCUAGUUCAUGUUUUCUGGUGCGAGUUCUGAUCGGAGUGGGGGUUACAAGCUGACACACACACACACACACACACACACACACACACACACACACACACACACACACUGAUACAGAUA